AUGACGGACCAAGCCCCUCUUGCGUCUCUCUCCUUGACGCAUGUUUACUAUGAUCCGCACGAUCCCAUCUCCUACUUCUGCGCAUGGCUGGCCCUUGUUCCCCAGGGACUCUGCAUCGUCUACGCGACCCUGAUCUGGUCAACCCGAGAAAUCGAGAUCCUCAUGAUGUUCGGCGGCCAAAUUGCCUGCGAAGCUCUGAACUUUGGUCUGAAGAGGACACUGAAAGAGGCGAGACCGAAACAGAUGCAUGGGAAGGGGUACGGGAUGCCGUCCUCGCAUGCCCAGUUCGUGGCUUUCUUCUCGCUAAGCUUGGCACUCUUCCUCCUGGUCCGACAUGUCCCGAAGAAGCCAACACCUUCGCAUACACCACUAAGUAUGGCUUCAAGGGUUACGCUGUCUGGUCUGGCAUUCGCAAAUGCAGGAUUGGUUUCGUGGAGCAGGAUCUACCUGAACUACCAUACGCCGAAGCAAGUGAUUGUUGGAUACUUGGCCGGCUUGGCUAGUGCCCUGUUGUGGUUCAUCGUCACGACCGUCGUGAGACAGACUGGGCUGCUGGGUUGGAUAUUGAACCAAUACCCCACGAGACUAUUCAGGAUGAGAGAUUUGGUGGUCGAGGAGGAUCUUUGCCAAGCUGGGUGGGAGAAAUGGGAGCAAAAGGGGAUAUCGAGGCAAGAUAUCAAGGGGGAGAAGCUGAAGUGA